AUGGAUCCCUAUGGAUCCCGGGCGGAUCCCAUGGGUGCCUGCAGGCGCUGGUGCGAGCGGACGGUGCUGGUGACAGAGCAGGAGGAGGUGACGCCGCGGCGCGAGGCCGCGGUGCCGUGUCCCAGUUUGUACCAGUACAGCCUGGCCGGGUGGCGGCUGGACCGGGACCGCACGCGCCGGGAACACGGGAAUUCCCCCGGGGACACCAGCACCAACCCCGCCCUCUGCUACAUCUACCGGCCCCCGGAGAUGCAGCCGGUGGUCCGGAACCGCACGGAGCGCCACUGCUGUCCCGGCUGGAGCGGUGUCCGCUGCACUGAGGGCCCCGGCUCCCUGGGCCGCUGUUUCAGCACGUGGCAGUGCCAGGACGACACCAGCAGCCACAACGGCAGCGCCAUGAGCCGCGCCGAGUGCUGCCAGCACCCCUGGGGACACAGCUGGCGCCGCGGGGACACCGGGGACACCGGGGGGCCCUGCCUGCCCUGCACCCGCCUGCCCCUGGGAGGGGACGGGGGGGCCCCGCGCCACCGCAGCCCCCCGGCCACGUGCCAGGCCUGGGCCGGGAUGCGCUUCCGCACCUUCGACGGGCUGCACUUUGGCUUUGCCGGGAGCUGCCGGUACAGCCUGGCCACGGCCACCGACGGCACUUGGGAUGUCACCAUCGGCCUCGGACAGCCCCGGCUGCUGCACAUGACCUUCGGGACGGACACGGUGGUGGCCGAGGGACGGAACGUGUCGGUGAACGGGGCAGCAGUGCCGGAGGGACGCCCCUACCUGCACAAAGGGCUCGGUGUCACCUGGCCAGGUGACUGGGUGGCUGUGGCCAGCAGCCUGGGUGUGCGGGUGGCCUGGGACAGGCACCUGGCAGUGACAGUGACAGCAGAGCCUGAGCUGCGCGGUGGCACCUGGGGGCUCUGUGGCACCUACACCGACGACCCCGCAGACGACUUCUUGCGCCCUGACGGGGACAUCGCUGCCUUCGCCGCUGCCUUUGGCAACGCCUGGAAGGUGCCACUGGCUGGCACAGAGCCCCCAUGCAGGGACAUGCCGGAGGCUGGCACUAGGUGUGGCCCAGGUGAGGUGGCACCGGCGGUGGCCACGUGCGGGCGGCUGCUGGCCCAGCCCUUCCGGCAGUGCCACGGCGAGGUGGACCCCAGCGGGUUCUACGCAGCGUGUCUGGCACUGCUGUGCGGGGACGGGGACCCCGUGUCACCCCCCGCACCCCCCGGCCCCCCUCCUCCCGCCGCCUGCGACACCUUCGCCGCCUACGCCCGGGAGUGCUCCCGCCGCCAGCUCGACGUCCCCUGGCGCCAUCCCGGCUUCUGCGAGCGCCGCUGCGACGCGGGGCAGCGCUUCUCCGACUGCGUGUCCCUCUGCCCGGUCACCUGUGUCACCGCGGGCAGCGCCGAGCAGGGCACCUGCCACCGCCACUGCCACGGCGGCUGCGAGUGCGGCCCGGGGCUGGCCCAGGACGGGCCGAGCUGCGUCCCCCCCGCCGCCUGCCCCUGCCACCACCGGGGACAGCGCUAUGAGCCCGGCCAGAGCAUCCGCCAGCGCUGCAACCGCUGCACGUGCGAGGACGGGCGCUGGCACUGUGACCAGCAGCGGUGCCCGGCCGAGUGCGCGGUGCUGGGGGGGCGUCACUUCGUCACCUUCGACCGCCGCCGCUUCUCCCUCCCGGCCACCUGCGCCCACACCCUGGUGGAGGACUUCGUGGCAGGGCGGCUGCUGAUCACGGCCGAGCACGAGCCCUGUAACAGCCACCGGCCCCUCGGCUGUCCCCGCACCCUCACUGUCACCACCAGCCGCACCACGGCCCGGCUCCACGGCACAGGGGAGGUGACAGUGGCCGGGCGGGAGGUGACGCUGCCCUUCUCCGGUGCCGAACUGAGCAUCCGCCGCGCGUCCUCGGCCUUCCUGCACCUGCAGCUGCCCGAUGCCCACCUGCUCUGGGGCCUGGGGACCCCCGACACCUUCGUCACCCUCCAGCCUGCCAUGGCCGGCACGGUGCGGGGACUCUGCGGGACCUUCAAUGGGGACCAGCGCGACGAGUUCACGACGCCGGAGGGGGACGUGGAGCCGGGAGUCGCCGCCUUCGCCAACGCCUUCCGGGCGGCCGGAGCCUGCCCGGCGCUGGGCCCCGGCAUUCCCGAUCCCUGCGACGGCUUCCCCGGGAGCCGGGAGCGCGCCGAGGCCGCCUGCGCCGUGCUCAUGGGGCCGGCGUUCCAGCCGUGUCACCGCGUGGUGGAUCCGGAGCCGUUCCUGGAGCUGUGCCGGUGGGACGUGUGUUCCUGCCGGGAGCAGGAGCAGGAGCGGUGCCUGUGCCCGGCGCUGGGCGCCUACGGCCGGGAAUGCGCCCGGGAGGGAACGGAGCUGGAGUGGAGGAACCGGAGCCUCUGCGACGAGCCGUGUCCCGGGGGGCAGCAGUACCGGGACUGUGGGGGUCCCUGCGGCCGUUCCUGCUCGGAGCCCCCUGGAGCCAGUGACUGUCCCCCUCCGGACACCCUCUGUGUCCCCGGCUGUCGCUGCCCCCCGGGGCUGCUGCUGGCCCAGGGGGGCCAGUGUGUCCCCCCUGCCGCCUGCCCGUGUCCCCGCGGCGCCCGCCUGUACCCCCCUGGUGCCCGCAUCCACCGCGGCUGCCAGGCCUGUGUGUGCGCAGGGGGGUCGUGGCGCUGCGCCCCCGCCCCGUGUCCCCCCGCCCCGCGCUGUCCCCCGGGGCUGCUGCACGCACCGGGGUCCUGCCUGCGCCGCUGCGACCCCGCCGAGCCCUCCGGCACCUGCGGCGGCCCCGCCGACGGCUGCGUGUGUCCCGCCGGGACCCUCUUCCUGGGCGGGCGCUGCGUGUCACCGGACGAGUGUCCCUGUCACCACGGCGGGCAGCUGUACCCACCCAACGCCACCAUCGCCCGCGACUGCAACACCUGCGUGUGCCAGCGACAGCGGUGGCACUGCGGGCGCGAGGAGUGCGCGGGGACCUGCGUGGCCACGGGGGACCCCCACUACGUCACCUUCGAUGGCCGCGCCUUCACCUUCGCGGGGGACUGCGAGUACCUGCUGGCGCGCGAGGCCACCGGGCUCUUCGCUGUCACCGCCGAGAAUGUCCCGUGCGGUGCCACCGGCGUCACCUGCACCAAGUCCGUGGUGGUGGCCAUGGGGAACACCGUGGUGCACAUGCUGCGGGGGCGGGAGGUGACAGUGAACGGGGUGGCCGUGCGACCCCCCAAGGUGUUCGGGGGGUCGGGGCUGGCGCUGCAGCGUGCGGGGCUCUUCCUGCUGCUCCUCACGCGCCUGGGGGUGGCCGUGCUGUGGGACGGAGGGACCCGCGUGUACGUGCGCGUGUCCCCGCGGCUGCGCGGGCGCCUGGCCGGGCUCUGCGGGAACUUCGACGGCGACGCCGAGAACGAUUUCGGGAGCCAGGACGGGGCCCUCGAAGCGACCCCCGAGAUCUUCGGGGACUCCUGGCGCCUCAGCCCCCUCUGCCCCGAGGCCGAUGGCCACCGCCCACACCCCUGCGAUGACAGCCCCCAGCGCUCGGCCUGGGCGCGGGGUCGCUGCGGGGUCCUGCGGCACCAGCUCUUCGCCCCCUGCCACGACCUGGUGCCCCCCCAGCGCUUCUACGAGUGGUGCCUGUUCGACGCCUGCGGGUGUGACAGCGGCGGGGACUGCGAGUGCCUGUGCACGGCCCUCGCCGCCUACGCCGAGGAGUGCGGCCGGCGGGGGAGACCCCUGCGCUGGCGGAGCCAGGGGCUGUGCCCCCUGCAGUGCGAGGGGGGGCAGGAGUACAGCCCCUGCGGCCCCCCCUGCCCCCCCACCUGCCGCGACCUCGGCCGGGACCCCCCCGAGCUCUGCAGGGCCCUGGGGUGUCUCGAGGGCUGUUUCUGCCCCCCCGGGCAGGUCCUGCACGACGGGCUGUGCAUGGAACCCCCCGCCUGUCCCUGCUUCUGGGACGGCUUCGCCUUCCCGGCCGGGGCCACUGACCCAGGCUGCAGCAACUGCACGUGCCUCGAGGGGCGCUGGCAGUGCCCCCCGACCCCGUCCCCGUGUCCCGCCGCCCCCGGCUGCGCCCCGUGGGAGUUCCGGUGCCGGGGCGGGGGUCUCUGCGUGCCGGGCGCGUGGCUCUGCGACAACGAGGACGACUGCGGGGACGGCUCGGACGAGCUGUGCACCCCCCCCUGCGCCCCCCACCAGCCCCGCUGCCCCGGCGGGCGCUGCUGCCCUGGGGGGCCCGAUGCGACGGUGGUCACCCACUGCCCCGACGGCUGGGACGAGGCGGGGUGUCCCCCCCGCCCCUGCUCCCCCCCCGAGUUCGCCUGUGCCGGGGGUCGCUGCCUCCCGCCCGCCCGGGUCUGCGACGGGCGGCUCGAUUGUCCCCGGGACGACUCGGAUGAGGCGGGCUGCGCCCCCCGGUGCGGGCCGGGGCAGUUCCGGUGCGGGGGGGGCAGGUGCAUCCCGUACCCCCAUCACUGCGACGGCCGCGACGACUGCGGGGACGGGAGCGACGAGAGCGGCUGCUCCUGCCCCGAGGGGCACCUGCCGUGUCCCGAGGGGGGCUGCCAUCCCCCUGCCGCGCUCUGCGACGGCCGCCGCCACUGCGCCGACGGCGCCGACGAGGCCAAUUGCCCCGCGCGGGCCACCUGCGCCCCCGGGACUGUGCCCUGCCCCGACGGCUCCUGCGUGGCGGAGGUCGCCGUGUGCGACGGCGCUCGCGACUGUCGCGACGGCUGGGACGAGAGUCCGGCGGGGUGCGCGGUGGCGCUGCCCCCCCCGCGCCGCUGUCCCCUGUCACCGCUGUCACCGCCACUGUCACCGCUGCCACCGCCGAAACUGUCACCGCCGAAACUGUCACCAGCUGAAACUGUCACCGCUGUCACUGGCAUUGUCGCCGACGCUGUCAUCGCGGUCACCAGCGCCAUCGCCAGCGGCACCGCCAUGGGCACUGUCACCACAACACUGUCACUGUCAGUGACACUGACACUAUCGCCGACACUGUCUCCGUCACCGACACUGUCCCCGUCACCGACACUGUCCCCCCGGCACUGCCAACGCCUCGGCAGUGGCGGGUGUCCGCGGGGGUGGCGCUGCGAUGGCGACAGCGACUGUCCCGAUGGCAGCGACGAGGGGGGCUGCGACCCCCCGUGCGCCCCCGGCCACCUGCCCUGCCACCCCCCCUGCGAGCCCGGACACGCCCCCUGCGCCCCCGCCUGCGUCCCCCCCCGCCCACCUCUAGCCCCCCGGCCCCGGGAGCAGCCCGGGGGGUCCCUGUGCAGAGUUCGACUGCGGGACGGGGACUGUGUCACCUUCCAGCAGGUGUGUGACGGGCUGCGGGACUGCGGCUCGGGUGGGACGAGCGGGGGGUGCGGCUCUGGGGGCCCUGGGGGCCCUGGGGGUCCUGCAGCCGCCCCUGCGGGCCCGGGGGGCAGCGCCGCGUGCGGGGAUGUCACCAGAGCCACCCCGGGCUGCUGCGAGGCUGCCGGGGGCCCGCGCGAGCAGGAGAGGCCCUGCUUCCACCGGGCCUGCCCGGUGGACGGCGCGUGGGGCCCGUGGGGGCCCUGGUCCGACUGCCGGGGGGGCUGCGGGGGGGUCCGGCUGCGCAGGAGGGGGUGCCAGCCCCCCCAGAACGGCGGCCGCGCCUGCGAGGAGCUGCCCUGGGGGAAGCCCCGGAGCCCUGGAGAUGGGUGGGUGCGGGGGGGAAGGCGGGGGCUCGGCGGGAGUGUGGGGUCCAAUGGGAUGAGGGAAGUCCCCCCCUGUGCCCCGGGGGGGUGCCCCAACGCCUCGGAGUGCGCGAGGGGGCUGCGCCCCCUCCCCUGCGCCCCCUGCCCCGCCUCCUGCGCCGACCUGGCGGCCGCCGUCACCUGCCCGCGGCCCCCGCCCUGCCGCCCAGGGUGCUGGUGCCCGGCGGGGCAGCUACUGGACGCCCCCGAGCCCGGCGCAGGGGCCGCGGGGUGCGUGCGGCCCCGGGAGUGCCCGUGCCUGGCCGGGGGGCGCAGGUACCCCCCGGGCGCUCCGGUGCCGCUCGGUUGUCGCCUCUGCACCUGCCUCGAGGGGCACCUGCGACACUGCCGCCCCCACCCCGGCUGCUCAGUGGACUGCGGGUGGUCCUCGUGGUCGCCGUGGGGAGCGUGCGCGGGCACCUGCGGCACCCUCGGUGUGCAGUGGUCCUUCCGCAGCCCCUCGAACCCGGCCCGGCGCGGCGGGGGCCGGCACUGCCGCGGCAUCUACCGCAAGGCGCGACGGUGCCACACGGCGCCGUGCCGGCGGUGCCAGGAGCGGGGCCGAUGGCGCGUCCCCGGCGAGCGCUGGCGCGGGGGCCCCUGCCAGGUGUGUCAGUGCCUGCCGGGUGGGGGGAUCCGCUGUGUCCCCUACUGUCCCCAUCCGCGACACCGGCUGUCCCCAGGCGACAACGCCACGGCCACCCCGCCCGCGAUGAUGACGGGCGCUGUCCCCCCCCGCGCCGGCCGAGCCCCCCGGCAAGCCCCGGGUACGAGAGGGGCAAGCCCCACUGCUGGGUCCGAGGGGCCGCCCCGCCCCCCGCCGUCCGGGUGCCCAAAAGCGCCGACACCCGCCCGGAGCCCCCCAGCGCGGCCGGGGCACCCUCAGAACCGCGACCCCGCCCGAGGACACCCCGAGACCACCCCGGAGGCUCCGCGAACGCCCCACGAGCCCCCCCACCUCCGUACAUUGCCCUCGCUGGCUCCCACGGGGGUCCCCGCCGCGACCCCCCCAGGCUGCGCCCCCCCGCCCUGGGGAGGGUGGGGGUCCUGCAGCCGCUCCUGCGGGGUGGGGGUCGCUCUGCGGCGCCGGGGGAGGACCCUACCCGAGGGGGGCUGCGCCCACCCCCCCAGCAUCGACACCCGCGUCUGCUUCCUGCGAGCCUGCCCAGUCGCGGGCGGGUGGGCGCCCUGGGGGUCCUGGAGCCCCUGCGACGCCCCGUGCGGGGGGGGGCAGCGGACCCGCCGCCGCCGCUGCAGCGACCCCCCCCCAAAAAACGGGGGGCAACCGUGCGAGGGAGGGGCUCUGCAGAGCCGGCCCUGCAACCUGCGGCCUUGCGGGGACCUCCCAGCCUGUCCCCCCCAGAUGCUGCUGGUACCCCCGGGGGGGUGCGAGGAUUUGGGGCUUCCCCCCUGUCCCCCCACCUGUGCGGACCUGAAUGGGAACAGCUCGUGCCCGGGGGGCUGCGAGGAAGGCUGCCGCUGCCGGCCCGGGCUGGUCCUGCAGGGGAGCGGCUGCGUGGAGCCCGGGGCCUGUGGGGUCCCCGCGGGGGUGUUGGGGAUCCCCGGGACUCGGGGGCCCCCUGAAUCUUGCGGGUGGUCGCGCUGGACCCCCUGGACCGGCUGUGACUGCGGCACCGGGACCCGGCAGCGCUUCAGGUCUCCCACCAACCCCGCGGCCGCGGGCGGCGGUGCCCCCUGCACCGGGACCCCCCGAGAGGUUCGGGGCUGUCCCGAGCUCUGCGGACCCGGUACGUGCCAGGAGCCCCGAGCCCCCCGGCCCACGGGGACCCCGGGGCUGGGACCCCCGAGUGCCACCGCGGCCCCUCGAGCGCCUCGUGUCCGUCUGUCCCCAGAGCCCGGGAGCGCGGGGCCACCUGGGGCCACCGAGGCACCGCAGUCGCCGUGGAGCACAGAGUCCCCAGAGUCCCCAGGGUCGCCGUGGGUCCUGGAGCCGACGUGGGGCACGGAGUCGCCUUGGGUCCCGGGGUCCCUGGAGCCGCUGUGGGUCCCAGAGCCCCCGGAGUCCCCAGAGUCCCCAGAGCCCCCGGAGUCCCCGGACCCGCGUAUGCCGGUGGUCGCCGUGGAGCACACCGGAGCCCCCGGGGGUGCCGGUGUCGCCGUGGAGCUCAGAGUCCGCCUGGUCCCCCGAGCCGCCGGUCCCGCCCGUGGCCGGUGGUCGCCGUGGGGGCCCUGGGGCGGCUGCAGUGCCCCGUGCGGGGGGGGGCGAGCGCUGGCGCCGCCGGGGCUGCGGGACCCCCCCGUGCUCGGGGCCGGCACUGCAGAGCCAGAGCUGCCACAGCCAGCGUGUGUCGCGGUACUGACCGUUUUUUUCGGGGUGGGGGAGGCAGAGGCCGGGUGCCCCCCCGGACGGACCUUCCGCGAGUGCGGGGGGGGCUCUGGGUGCCCCCGGAGCUGCGCCCACCUUGGGGGGGCCGUGGGGUGCGCGGGGGGGUGUCAGGAGGGCUGUCACUGCCCCCCCGGGACCUUCCUGCACCGCCGCACCUGCCUGCAGCACGUGCCUGUGGGGCCGCCUGCGCUGCGCCCCCCCCGCGGGCUCCCCCGGGAGCCCCCCCUGCAACGGACCCCCACGGAGACCCCGAUCUGCCCGAGCCCCCCCUGCGCCGCUGAGCCCGGCCCCACAUCGGAUCUCAGCCCCACAGCCCCAGGGGACGAGGAGGAGGCUGGGGGUUCCCCGCGGUCCCGGUGGUCCCGUGGGGGCCCUGGGGGCCCUGGGGGCCCUGCAGCCACACCUGCACCCGCCCCGAGAGCCCGCGAGCCGGAGCCGCCGCCGGGACUGCGGCGGGGGGAGCUGCGGGGCGGGGGGCAGCGUCCAGCACCGGCCCUGCAACUGCCCCACUGCCAGGAGGGCCCCUGCCCCACUGUGGGAGGGUUACGGGGCGUUGUGGGGGUCCCACUGAGGCUGGGGUCCCCCCGCAGCGCCCCCUGCGUGACGCCCCCCUGCCCGUGCCAGUGGAGCCCCUGGGGGCCCUGGGGGUCCUGCUCGCGGCCCUGCGGGGGGGGACAGCAGCGGCGGCUCCGGGCCUUCGCCCCCCCCAGCCCCGGGGCCUCCUGGUGCCCCCAAAUCCAGGGGGGCCACGAGCAGCGGCGGCCGUGCGGGGUGACGGCGUGUCGGGUGAACGGCGCGUGGUCCCCGUGGGGUCCCUGGUCGCGCUGUGACGCCCCGUGCGGGGGGGGCCGCUCCGUGCGCAGCCGCUCCUGCUCCCGCCCCCCCCCAAAAACGGGGGCAGCCCCCUGCCCCGGGGGGAGCCACGAGCUGCGCGUCUGCAACCCCGGCCCUGCGGCCCGCGGUGCCCCCCCCGGGCAGACCCUGUCCGCCUGUGCCACCCGGUGCCCGCGGAGCUGCCGGGACCUGCAGGAGGGGGUGUCCUGCGAGGGGGGGACCCCGUGCGAGCCCGGCUGCCGCUGCCCUCCCGGGACCCUGGAGCAGGACGGGGGCUGCGUCCCCCCCGCGCUGUGCGAGUGCCUGGACGCGGAGGGGCACCUCUGGGUGCCGGGGGGGGGCGGGCACCCCCGGGGCUGCCAGAACUGCACCUGCGCGGGGGGGCGGCUGCGCUGCGUCCCGGGGGGGUGUCCCCCCCCCACCUCCACCCCCGGGACCCCCCCCGGGACCCCCCCCUGCACCUGGAGCCGCUGGAGCCAGUGGGGACCCUGCAGUGUCACCUGCGGGGGGGGGCGGCAGGAGCGGUACAGGACUCCCAUCCCCCCCGAGGGCGCGGGGGGACCCUGCGGGACCCCCCAGGAGCAGGUUCGGGGGUGCGAGGAGAGCCCGUGCCCCCCUCUGUGCCCCUGGGCAGGGGGCGAGCGGAGGCUGGGCGAGCGCUGGAGCCCCGGCCCGUGCCGGCAGUGCACCUGCACCCCCGAGGGACCCCAGUGCUGGGACACUCCGUGUGCGGCCGAGCCGUGUGACUGGAGCCCCUGGGGAUCCUGGGGACCCUGCGGAGACCCCUGUGAGGGGGGGUCCCGCCUGCGCCACCGGCACCCCCUGAACCCCGAGACCCCCGGGCGGGCGUGCAGAGGGGUCCGGACCCAGAGCGAGAGCUGCAACUCCACCGCCUGCCCCGAUCCCGGGUGCGGCGGGGGGGGCCGGAUCCGCAGUCCCUGCGCCGGGCGCUGCCCCCGGACCUGCGCCGACACCUGGGCCCAGGUGCUGUGCCUGCAGGGGCCCUGCGAGCCAGGGUGCCGGUGCCCCCCCGGGCAGCUGCUGCAGGACGGUCACUGUGUCCCCCUGGGCCGCUGCCGCUGCGGGACCCCCGGAGGGGGCAACGGGAGCCGCGAGGUGCCCCCGGGGGGCGUGACCCCGAUCGGGUGUCACAACUGCACCUGCGAGAACGGGACCUGGACCUGCCCGGUGCUGGCGUGUCCCUCCCCGGGGCCCGCGACGCCCGCGAUCCCCGCGUCCUCCUGGUCCUCUCUGUCCACCCUGUCCCCCGCGUACCCCGUGUCCCCUCUGUCCCCCUCGCCCUCUCUAUCCCCCUUGUUCCCCCUCUCUCCCGAGACCCCCGUGUCGCUCCCCGUGUUCCCCUGGUCCCCCUGGUCCCGCUGCUCCCGCAGCUGCGGCGGCGGGACCCGUACGCGGCACCGGCAGUGCCGGGAGGGGCUCGGGACGGGGUCGCGGUGCGGGGAGAGCUCGGGGGAGGAGACGGCGGCGUGCAACCCCCAGCCGUGCCCCGGCUGCCCCCCGGGCGAGGUAUGGCUGGACCCCGGCCCCGCCUGCGAGCGCAGCUGCCAGGACCUGGCGGAGCCCCCCGGGACAUGCGGGGGGACCCCCGUGACCCUCGGGACCUCCGGAUCCCCGGCGACCCCCGGGACCCCCGUAACCCUGGACACCUCCAGCACCCCCGGGAUCCCCGAGACCCCCACGACCCUCGACACUCCCGCGACCCUCGGGAUCCCCUCGACCCCCCCGCGCUGCGCCUGCGCCCCCGGCCGGUACCGGAACGGCUCCGGGCAGUGCGUGAGCGCGGGGGGCUGCGGGUGCCGGUACCGCGGGGCGCUGCGAGCGGCCGGCAGCGAGUGGCGGGAGCAGUGCGGGACCUGUCGCUGCUCCGAGGGACGCGUCACCUGUGCCACCUCCUGCCCCGCACUCACCUGCCCGGAGGGCGCGGAGCCGGUGCGGGAGCCCGGGAGCUGCUGCCCCGUGUGCCGGGACGAAUGGCCAGAGGAGCCCCCCGGGCCGUGCCGGCUCCUCACGGCGCUCCGGACCAUCGCCAAGGGCGCGUGUGUCCUGCGGGGCGUCCGUGUCACCUACUGCGCGGGGGGGUGUCGCUCCCGCACCGCCGUCAGCGCCCAGGAGCCGUACGUGCGGUCGCUGUGCGAGUGCUGCAGUUACCGGCUGGACCCCGCCCGGCCCGUGCGGCCCCUGCUCCUGCCCUGCCCCCGCGGCCGCCCCCGGCCCGCGCUGCUGCCCCGCAUCGCCGAGUGCCACUGCGAGCCCUGCCGGGGCGGGGACUUCACCCGGCGCUGAGGAGCCCCCCGGACACCCCCUCACCCUCCGCCUGUGUUGGCAUCGAGGAGUUUCUGAUCGAUACCAAUA